AUGGCCAAAGUUCCCAAAUCGAGACGCCAGCAAGCUGUAGCAAAGGAUUUUCCAAGAUACUUGAGGAUCGGUGUUAUUCCAGUUUUUCCAUUCCUGCUGUUAAAUAAUAAUACGAAUAAUCACUCCACCGCUGCCGGUGUUUUAGCAAAAAAUUUCGAAAUUUUAUCGGAAAAAUUGGGUUUCCAGUAUAAUUUAAUUGUGCCUCCGGAUAGACAGUGGGGACGCUUGAAAGAAGAUGGAAACUGGACGGGUAUGGUAAACAUGCUUCAAAAAGAUGAAAUCGAUGCUGGACUUCUUACCAUCAAUAGCCAAAGACAGUCAAUUUUUGAUUUCACUCUACCGUACUAUUUCCAAGAUAUAUUAUUCGUUUCGAAUAUCCCAAGUUAUAACUCGCGAGUAUUUUCCUACGUGAAUGCAUUUCAGCCGUCCGUCUGGAUUAGCUGCUUCAUAACAUUUUUACUAAUGCCAGUAAUAUUUCGAUGCGUCUUGAAGAAGAAACCUACUUACAUGCGCAUUAUCUUUGAAAUAAUUGGCAGUAUAUUCAAGCAACCUUUUACCGCGAAUGAUGACACAUUAGGUGGGAGAUGUCUUAUUAUAUUCUGGCAAUUUUUUACGCUAAUUAUAUCGUGUGGUUACAUAGGAGGACUGUCGUCGAUGUUGAGUGUGCCCAUGAGAAAUCAGCCAGUUCGGAAUUUUCUAGAAUUAUCUGAAGCAGUGGAAUCGGGAAAAUAUAAAUGUUUUGUACGCAAAGGAUCAUUUAAUAUAGACAUACUCGAGCAAGCCAAGCAAACACGUCUGAGAAAUCUUGCUACUUUAAUUAAAAAAAACCAAUGGUUCAUUGAUAAAGCAAAUUCUUAUAAGUACCUUCAAGAAAACACUGCUCUAAUACUUACAAAAGCGGAAAUACUUUCGACAUUCGGUACAGAAAUUGGUAAAACAAAAUAUAUGUCAGAUGACUCACUUUCCUUUUGGUAUGGUGGAUUAGCUUUCAAGAAAGGAUUUUGUUGCAUGGCAGCUAUUAAUGCUGUAAUUUCUAGACUUCACAACUCAGGAUUAUAUCAAAAUACGAUCAGUGAAGAAGCGUUCAAAUUAAACCAAAAGCGAAGGGACGACAAUAGUGAAAUAAAUCCCAACAGUCAAGUCUCUAUGGAGGAUAUAAAAAUAUUUAUCGUUAUGCUUACUUUGGGUUACUUUUUCUCCUUUUUAGUUUUACUGUGUGAAAUCAUUUACAAUCGGCAAAAAUUUAAGCUUUCAGGAAAAAAUACAUACGAGAGAAAAAAUCAAGAGUAA